CCUAUUACAACCAGCCUGAUGGAACAUGCAUUCAGAGUCCGUUUUCUAAACAAGCGAGCCUGCGUGAGAUGAGGUAUGGCGCAAGGCAUCUUCGUGCACGCAUGCCUGAUCAUGCAUGGUCACUCAAGCCUACCACUCCACUCUCACUCUGAGUAGCGGCCCGUCAGCUCCGAGGAAAGAAAAGAAAGAAACCAUACAAAAAGCCAAGGCCAUUGCCAAACCCAGACAACGACGCCUCCUUGCAGGCUCGCCCUCCUUCACUCAUUCACUGUCGACUCCCGCUCCAAGCCGUCGACAGCACUCUCCAGAGAUCGAGAGCCAUGGCACGCCGGACCAACCACACCGCCUCGCCCCCCAUGAACGCCACGUCUCCGCCUCCGCCGAGGCCGCUGUCCCACGCCACGGGCGACGCCUGGGGCCCCUACUCCAGCUCCCGGGCAUUCUUCUCCAACGUGGCCACCAUCCUCAUCAUCCUCGCCUGCGUCUCCCUCCUCGCCUUCUCCCUCCACGCCGCCGCCCGCUUCCUCCUCCGCCGCCUCGCCCGCCGCCGCGCCGCGCGCGCGCGGGCGCGGGCGCAGGCGCAGGGGCAGCCACAGCCGCCGAAGCCUCCGUCCGACGCCGCGGCCGCCGAAUUCUCUGUGGAGGCCGGGGCAGGGGCGGGCGUCCAGUUGGCCGGCGGGUGGGGCGACGCGGAGUGCGCCAUCUGCCUGUCGGAGCUGGCGGACGGCGAGCGCGUCCGCGUGCUCCCGGCGUGCGGCCACGGCUUCCACGGGGCCUGCGUGGACGGGUGGCUCGCGGCGCGCGCGUCCUGCCCCACCUGCCGCGCGCCGUCCCGGCUGUCGCGGGCCGGAGAGCCCUAGCCAGACCAGGACGCUGUCACCUCCGGCGCUGGGUCGGUCAUGGAUCCAUCGUCACUCUGUCUGUACCGCCGACAAGAAGCGACAUCAAGUGCGUCGCGGUGGGGGAGCUUGCCGGAGCUCAGCUCUGUCGUCGCGUGAUUUGUAAUCGAGUGCCGCUUGUACUACUCUUUGAGGGCGUCUGACAAUGCAAAUCGAUUGCGGCCAUCAGCUCGGAUCGUAAUUCGCAAUCA